GGGAGAAGAGAGGAUACUAAUGCGUGAGGGAGGGGGAGAAUGUCCACUGGACGAGCGCGGUCCGCUACUCGCAAAGUGACUGCUCGCAAACGGCCCGGGUCCGCCGCAGGGGGGCGCUACGAUGUUUCGCGUCUCUUGGCGACCACCUGCUUUCUCGGAUGUUUGCGAUGUCCACCGGCGGAAGGAUAGCCGGACCAUGAACUCGCUGGAUUCCAUCCACUGGAGGGCCCGCGUCGACAAGGAGGAGCGCGCCUUCCUCGCCAAGAGGGACGUGCACGAGGCGGGCGCGCAGAAGGUGUCGCGGCGGGGCCGCAAAGAGCGCGGCACGGCCAAGUCGAACAGCCUCGCGAGGCUGCCAGAGGACCUGCGUGCCAUCACGAGCUUUGGCAACGCGGCCGAGCGGACGAUGAUCAACGCCCGCCCGGGGGAGACGGCGUGCGGCGGAAGGGGCCAGACUCAGAGCGCGGCGGAGCUGCGGUUCGUGCGGGACACGGAGGAGGCCCCGUGGCACCCGCAGCAGAGGAUACACGUGUACCGCCCGGUCUUCGUGAUGGCGGGCACCGCCCCAGCGGCCGGCGACGCCGCCCUGGGGAGCUGGGCCAAGCCGCCCGCGGGGGUGGCCACCAACAAGGAGCCCCGCGAGCGCGAGCUUCGAGUCGGCGACCGCAGCCAAGACGCUGACACAGCAGCCGAAGAAGAAACAGCGCCCUAAACAUAUAAGUGUUUGGCGCUCCGCGCAAAUUCCUCGGAUCCGCGCCGGGCCCUCCCGGCGGCCCAGGGCCAGGGGGGUCCAGCGGGGAUCCAAGAAGUCCGCGCGGAGCGCCAGAAGUUUGGAUGUUCACGGCGUGCCUCCUGAGAAGUCGGUGCCUGCAAGCAAGGCGCUGGCGUGAGGCACAGGUUGGGUUCGGCCGGGGCUCGGUGUUCCCAGGGUGGGUCCACGGCUGUGCCUCGGGUCUUGGGGAUGGCCACCAACAGGGAGCUCCGCGAGCGCAGGUUCUACAGUCAACCAUGGUAGUAAGGAUGGGGCAGCUGUCCAAGGCUAUCCUUGCAUCCUUGCCCCUUCGGUAUUCGGCAUCCC